UGCCCGUCCUGCAACACCAUAAACCGCAGUGAAGUGAUUGAACGGACGUUGCUGCUUGCGGCUGCUCCCCACCACUGGCGACCGACCGACUGACUGACUGACUGCGCCACCUCUGGCUUGCUUCUUGCCAUCCAUCACGAUCACCACCAUGCUGCUGCGUCGAGGCGUGCAGCUGUCGCUGUGCGCCGCCGCCGCGGCUGUGCAUAUGUCUGCCGGUUCCCCGAUCAACCCCAACUUUCCAGCCUACAAGGGGCCCCGCGCUGCACGCAAGCCGCACGCCAUUACGGUCCACGGCGACAAGCGCAUCGACUACUACUACUGGCUGCGCGAUGACGACCGCAAGGACUCGGACGUGCUUGGCCUGUGCAAGGCGGAGAACGAGCACAUGAUGGAGUCGAUGGCGGGGACGGAGGAGCUGCAGAAGACGCUCGUGGCGGAGAUGCGGUCUCGCAUCAAGGAGGAUGACACGUCGCUGCCGACGCGCAAGAAGGGAUUCUACUACUACUCCCGCACCCUCGAGAACCAGCAGUAUCCUGUUGUUUGCCGCCGCCGCAUGCGCCCUGAAUUCAGGGACGUAUAUUCACCCGAAGACACCAUGGACGACACCUCCUGCCAAGCCGAAGAGGUGCUCCUUGAUGAGAACGCGGAUGCGAAAGGAAAGGACUAUUACGUCGUCCGUGGCAUUCGCCCCUCCCCCUCGCACAGGUACAUUGCGUUUGGAAAAGACACAAACGGCUCUGAACUGUACACGAUCCACUUCCUCGACACGCAAGCAAAGGACAGCAAGGCCCAGCCAACUUACAUCAAGGACUCGAUCCCGAACACGACGGGCGGCGUCAUCUGGGUUGGCGAUUCCCACGUCGUCUACACAACGCGCGACGAGACCAAGCGCCCAGACAAGGUGUGGCUGCAUGAAGUGGGUGGCAGCGGCGACGAUGUGCUGCUGUACCACGAGAGCGACCCCGAGUUUGCUGUCGGCGCGUGGCUGUCGCGCACGGAGCGGUACGUGUACAUCUCAUCGUCGUCCGCCAUCACAUCGGAGGUCCUUGUGGCGCCAGCACACGUCAACGCAGCGGGCACACUCGACAUCACGUCCGUCAUGGGCAGGACCAAGGGCGUGGAGUACAGCGUUGACGACCGUGGAGACAUGUUCUUCGUCGUCACCAACAGCAACGAUGCCGUCAACAACCGCCUCAUCGCCCUCAAGAACGUCAAUCCCGCAGACAAGCACGAAGCCAACACGCCGCUGUCCAAACGCGAGGGCGCAACCACGGAGGAGCUGAUUGGGCACCGACCGCACAUCAAGCUUGAGGACGUGACGCUUUACCGGCAGCACAUGGUCGUGUCGGAGCGCCGCGAUGGCCUCCCCGUCAUCUCCCUCCACACAUUCGCAGACGACGAUGAUGGUCACGGCGAUGAUGGCAAACGUGACACCAACAGCAGCAGCGGUGGUGCUGGUGGUGCUGGUGUGUUCAAGGGUGACGCUGUGACGGUUGCAAUGCCUGAGGAGGCGUAUGUGCUGUGGGAGCGCGGAGCCGAGUACAACUCGAAUGUGCUGCGUUACGGAUACACGAGCAUGACCACCCCGCUCUCCACAUUCGACCUCGACAUGAACAGCCCGCACGCGCAGCCCGUCCUCAAGAAGCAGGAGCCCGUGCUGGGCGGGUUUGACCCGAGCGCGUAUGUGUCGCGUCGGGUAUAUGCGCGGAGUCACGACGGCACGCGCGUGCCCAUCUCCAUUGUGCACCGCAAGGACAUUGGCCAUGGGCCGCACCCAACCGUUCUCGAGGGUUACGGCGCAUACGAAAUCAGCAACGACUGCUACUUCUCCCGCAAUGUCCUCUCCCUCCUCGAUCGCGGCGUCGUGUAUGCGAUUGCACAUGUGCGCGGCGGCGGCGAAAUGGGACGCAUGUGGUACGAGCACGGGAAAUAUCUGCACAAGAAGAACACGUGGCUCGACUUCCACGCGUGCGCGCAAUCGCUCAUCGACGACAAAAUCGCUGACCCGGACAGGCUGGUGGCGGAGGGUCGGUCCGCAGGCGGUCUCCUGAUUGGCGCCGCGCUCAACACCGCACCGAAGCGAAGCGACGGAAAACCAUUCUACACAGCUGCGUUUGCCGGUGUUCCGUUUGUGGAUGUGCUGACGACGAUGCUUGACGAGUCCAUUCCUCUCACCGCCGGCGAAUGGGAGGAGUGGGGCGACCCCAGGCGCCCGGAGUACUACGAGUACAUGAAGAGCUAUUCCCCCGUCGAUAACGUUGCGCCGGAGAACGGGCCCUACCCGCCCAUCUUCAUCCAAGCGGGCCUGCAUGAUCCCCGCGUGCAGUACUGGGAGCCCCUCAAGUAUGCACAAGUUCUUCGUGACGCCGGUGCGCCCUCGGUCAUCUGCAAGAUCGACAUGGCUGCAGGCCACUUCUCCUCCAGCGGAAGGUUCGAUCGCCUCAAGGACGAAGCGCUCGUGUAUGCGUUUAUGCUGCGCGCACUCGGGCUGGAGGACGCACAGCCAAAGAAGUGAUCCAGUGCACAUGCACGCACACACAAACACACACAGAACACACACACACUGCUUUCGCGCCGUUACGCUGGGGUUCUUUUACGAUUGAACUGACGCAAGCAGAACAAGAAGAACAAUAAACACAACAUCGACAUCAA